AUGUCGGGCACGAUGAAGUGGCGCGUGCUCCUCGGCGAGCUGCGGAAAGGCCUGAAAGUGAAGACGUCGAGCGAGCCGUUCCAGGCGGGCCCCCACGACUUCGUGCUGGACGUCUGCGUCGACGGCUGGGACCAGGACGACAAGGAGUACUGCGCCUGCUACGUGCGCUACGUCGGCCGCAAGAAGGUGCUCGCUCGGGCGUCCAUCGCCGUCGCCAACGGCCCCACGUGGAAGGCCGAGGACGACACGCUCUUCGCGCCGGUGGCGGACGUGACGGCGCGGACGCGCGCGGGCACGAAGCGCUUCGUGCGCCGGGAGAAGCUCGACGCCAUCUGCGACGCCGCGGGCUAUUUGACGUUCUCCGCGACCGUGGACGUGUCCGAGGCCACGCUGAAGAAGAACGGCCAGGUCCGGCUCGCGCCCGCGUCCGCGGGGGUGGUGGAGCUCAUGACCGAGGACGAGAUCGCCGCCGAACUGGAGAAGGUCGAGCGCGAGGAGAUCGCCGGCGCCGCGGACCAGAAGACGAACGUGAACAAGGCCGCCUUGGGCACGCAGCUCUAUCGGAACGCGAAAUUCACCGCGGGCGUCGUACCUAUUGUGAUGCGCUACAUGAAAUUGCGGGGCAAAGUGUCCAAGAUGCGCAAGAAGGUGAAGCACGUCGACCGCGAGGCCUACUACGACGAGCGCACGACCAUGUGGGACGAGGAGCACGAGAAGGCCGCGGCGGAGAUCCGCAAGUUGUUCUCCAAGAUGGGCGGCUUGUACAACAAGCUCGCGCAGGACUGGGCGACGCGCGACGGCCUGCUGCCCCAGGCCUGGGUCGACGAGCUCAAGGGCUCCUUCGAGGCCAUGCCGCCGCGGCCCUGGCCCGUCAUGAAGAAGUCGUUGCUCGAGGGGCUCGAGGGCGAGGGCGUGCCGCCGGUCCGCGGCGAUUUAUCCGGCCUCGACCGCUACUUCAAGCACGUCGACGAGAAGCCGCUCGCGGCGGCGUCCAUCGGCCAGGUGCACCUGGCGAACGCCCACGGCUCGGGGGACCGCCUCGUGGUCAAGGCCAUUUACCCGGAGAUCCGCCGCUAUUUGGUGGCGGAUCUGGCGAACGCGCGCCGCGCGGCGCAGCAGAUCACGAAGUUGAUGGACAUCCCCGUCAAGGGCACGAUCGACUCCAUCAUGGACGAGCAGGUCGACUCCUUCCCCCGGGAGCUGGACCUGCGCAUCGAGGCGCGCCACCUGCGGAAGAGCCGCCUCUUCUUCCACCGCCACGGCAUCGCUUCCAAAAUCGCGAUCCCCGUCGUCGUCGACGAACUGUCGUCGUCGUCCGUGCUCACGCAGACCUUCCUCCCGGGAAAGACGCUAAGCUCCGUGGACCGCGACGACCCGGCGGUCAAGGCCAAGGCCGUCCAGGCCGUCGUCGACAUCGCCAUGGGCAUCGGCAUGACGAUGUUCCGGGAACGGUUCUUCCACAGCGACCCGCACCCCGGCAACAUCAUGCUCUUAGGCGACGCCUGCAAGCCGGGGCUCAUCGACUUCGGCCAGUGCACGGGGCUCACGAAGGAGCAGCUGCGCACCGUCUGCCACGUCGUGAUCCUGCUGCGGACGCGGUCGCCGUCGCUGAUCGACAAGGCGCUCGCGAUGGGCGACGGCGACUUCGAGUUCAACACCGACGACCCGGAGCUCAAGAUGGCGCUCAUGUACUACUUCUUCGACUCGUCGACGACGGGCAGCGGCGCCGUGCGGCCCGAGGCCAUGGAGUUCCUCAAGGACGCGAUCCAGCACAACCCGGCGAUCAUCAGGGCAGCACAAGAGAGCGAAAUUCCCAACUUCAAAGGCUCCGAUCUCGGCCACUUUCCACUCGCGAUCAUGCCCGUGCUCACGGACACGCCGCGCGAGAUGAUCUUCUACGGCCGCGUCUGCGGCACGCUGCGCAAGUCCUUCGAGCUGCUGGACGCCGACGUGUCCGUGAUCUCGCUGUGGUACCUCGAGGCGAAGAAGGCGCUCCGGGCCAUCAACCGCGCGGCCCCGGACAACAUCAGCUCGGCGCUCCUCCUCCUCCCCGACGACCCCGACGGCCUCGUCUACAUCGUCGAGCGCCUCCCGACCUGGACGACGAACGCGAUCAAGGCCGCGUCGUCCUUCGGCGACAAGAUGUCGGACCUCGCGGGCGAGACGGCCGCGAGCCGCGCGGUCCCGGAGGCGUUCGUCGCCGCGGACGUCCAGCACAUCGUCGGCCUGCAGCGCAAGCUCUUCGCGGCGUCCGUGCUCCUCGCGGGCGUCUACCUCUUCGCCGAGCCCCUCGUCCGCGGCUUCGCGGCGCUCGUCGGCGCCGCGUGCUUCGGCUUCGUCGCCGCGGCCGUCGCGGGCGCGAAGCCGCCGAGCCUGUCGAAGAUCAAGGGGCCGCUGCACCUCCUCUUCCCGGGCCAGGCCCUCUUCGCGCCGCCGAAGAAGGACGCCGUCGCGCCGCCGUCGUUUUGA